AUGACUAGCAAUCUUGCCUGGCUACUGGUGCUGAUCUCAUGGAACGUGUUAUGUGAGAAUGCAGGUCAGAAACCACCACAGGGUUUUAGAUAUGCUUCUUAUGAAGUGAUCAUCCCAAGGAAACUGACUCCCCGAUAUGGAGAACAGGAAACUCAUGAUGUCACGUACCUGCUGCAGAUUGAGGGGAAGGGUCAUGUGGUGACACUCAGGAAAAAGAAGAGCGUUGUCCCUAAACACUUCACUGUCAUCACAUACAGUAAGGAUGGAGAGCUCCAGGUGGACUAUCCUUUCAUCAAAGAUGACUGCUUCUACCAUGGCUUUGUACAAGACAAGCCUUCCUCUAGGGUCACCCUCAGCACUUGCUCGGGGGGCCUCAGAGGUCUGCUUCACUUAGAAAAUUACACCUUUGAAAUUGAACCUGUUCAGGCACCUGGUACUUUUCAACAUGUGCUGUACAGAUUGGAGGGAAUAGAAGGUGCUGUUCGCAUGAGGUGUGGGUUAACAAAGGAAAAGCAAAGGAGCCAAGAGGCCAUGUUCCAAAACAAAAGAAAAGUAUUGACUGAAAGUGCUGCUAGAGGAGCCUGGUUUCCACACACCAGGUACCUAGAGGUUGCAAUCGUGAUAGAACAUGAACGAUAUGUCAGGUUUGACAAAAAUGAAAGUCGUGUUGCUAGGCAAGUUAUGGAUAUCAUCCAUACUGCAAACUCAAUGUAUGAGCCACUGUCUCUUGAGCUGUCUAUAGCUGGCUUGGAAAUAUGGACAGAAAAAAACCUCAUAAAAAUUGUUAACAGCAUAGAUGACACUCAUAAUAUGUUCACCCACUUUUUAAAAAGUUCACUAAGUAAACGUAUACAACUUGAUGCUGCUCACUUAUUUAUAUAUAAGAGUUUUGGAAGUACACUUGGAUUAGCGUACACAGGAACAGUUUGUAACCUCCAUUGGGCAUCUGGUGUUGAAUCAUAUGUGACUCCCAGUUUGUUCCUUAUUUCUCACACAUUUUCCCAUGAAUUAGGACACAAUCUUGGAAUGCAACAUGAUCAUAAAUACUGUACUUGUAAUCGAAGUUCUUGCAUAAUGGCUGAAUAUCAAACAAUCUCUGAUAAGUUUAGCAACUGUAGUUAUAAAGAAUAUUUCAACAGAAAAAACAAGCAGUGUUUGCUAAUUCCACCAGACUCCACUAAAAUAUAUAAAUUUGCAUACUGUGGAAAUGAAGUAGUGGAAGAUGGCGAGCAAUGUGAUUGUGGUUCACCUGAUCAAUGCAAGUUGGAUCCAUGCUGCCAGUCUAAUUGCAUGUUGAGUCCAAGUGCUGCUUGUGCUUUUGGACAGUGCUGUGUUGAGUGUCAGUAUCUUCCAGUUCAUAAGGUUUGCAGAGAACAGGUCAGCAGCUGUGAUCUCCCCGAGUACUGCAACGGGACUUCAGAAUGGUGUCCUGAAGAUGUUUAUGUACAAGAUGGUGCCCCGUGUAGUGAUGGUGCAUAUUGCUAUCAUGGGAAUUGCACAACUCACACUAGGCAGUGCAGAAUGAUCUUUGGCAACAAAGCAACCGGUGCAUCAAAGGAUUGCUUCAGUGAAAUGAAUGCUCGAGGUGAUCGCUUUGGCAACUGUGGGCUUAGACAUGACACUUAUAAGAAAUGUGAUACUCAGAACAUCUUGUGCGGCCGAAUCCAGUGUGAAAAUGUUGAUACAGUACCUUCUUUGGAGGAACACAGCACCAUAAUUAAUACGCCUCUUGGCAAUAGGCAUUGCUGGAGUACAGAUUACCACGCUGGAAUGGAGAUACCCGAUAUUGGAGCAGUGAGAGAUGGGACUCCUUGUGGCACAGAAAUGAUGUGUAUUAAUAGGGAGUGCAAGAAUGUGUCUCUCUUGAAAUAUGAUUGCAAUGUCACAAAGUGUCAUAAUCGAGGAAUAUGCAACACCUACAAACAUUGUCAUUGUGAUGAUGGCUGGGCCCCUCCAGACUGUCUAAACCGAGGUAAUGGUGGCAGCAUUGACAGUGGACCUCCUCCACCAGGGAACACUUCAAAACGUAGCGUCAACAUGACAGGAAUGAUAGCAGCAAUUGUAUUUCUUGUUUCUACUAUUUUUGCUGUUUUGGGGCUGGGUAUUUAUUUCAGGAAGCGUCUGAGAGAGCGGUUUGUAAAAAAACCAGAAAAAACAUAUGAAGAAGGUGUAAAAGAGGAAGAAAAUCCUGUCCCAACUGAAUGA